AUGUUGAGACUUGUAAAAAUUCAAAAAACAAAAAACCAUCGCAAAGAAUACUUAUGUGAUGGAUGUCUACAAUUCUUUGUUAGCGAAGAAAAGCUAAAUAAUCACCAAAAAAGCGACUGUUCUCACAUUUACACAGAACUUCCCACAACGAAACCUAAAAUCAAUAAGUUUGGUGAAAUGGUGCCAGAAAAUAUACUAAAAUUUAUAAAUAUCCAAAAAAUGUUACCUGUGCCAUUUGUGAUCUAUGCUGAUUUUGAAAGUUUGCUAAAGCCCAUAGACCAUGCUGAACCUUUCAAUGGAAAUUCAUAUUCCGUUAAAACUGCUGAACACCAAGCAUAUUCGUUUGCAUUUUACCUUAAAUGCAACUACGAUGAUUCACUUUCUAAACUAAUAAAAUAUGAAGGAGAGGAUGCUCCCAAAGUGUUUAUAAAGAAAUUGGAUGAUUUAGUGCAUGAACUAUAUACCAAUGACCUUAAACAUGUUAAACCAAUGUCACCGUUAACAAAAGAAGAAAUUGAAAAACAUAUGAGCGCUACCGAGUGUUACUUGUGUGGAAAGCCAUUCAAUCCUUUCAAUCAUAAGGUGAAAGAUCACCACCAUCUAAAUUCAAAAUAUCUUGGGGCUUCACAUAACUCCUGUAAUAUAAAUAACAAACUCUCAAAUACAAUACCUGUGUUCUUUCACAACAUGAGUAAUUAUGAUUGUCAUCUUUUUAUUAAAGAGCUUUCAACAACUGGUGAAAAAGUUUCAGUAAUUGCACAGACGAAAGAAAAAUAUAUCACAAUUUCUAAAAGAAUUCUGGUAGAAAAGUCGAAAAAUGGCCUAGAUAAAUACAUAACUCUGAAAUUUGUUGAUUCAUACAGAUUUUUGGCAAAAUCUUUGGAUAUUCUGAGCACAACUUUAGACUCGGAGCAGUGUACAGAAAUUAGAAAGUAUUUCCCAGAUACUAAACACUUUGAACUUGUGAGACGUAAGGGUGUCUUUCCUUAUUCAUAUAUGGAUGGAUUUGACAGACUUAAAGAAAAAACACUUCCACCUAAAGAAAAUUUUUACAAUAAUCUAACUAACAAACACAUUUCUGAUGAAGAUUAUGCAAGAGCAGUUGAUGUAUGGAACACAUUUGAUUGUAAAUCUAUGAGUGACUAUGCUAUGGUGUACUUAGUAUCAGAUGUCUUAUUACUGGCUGAUGUGUUUGAAAAUUUUAGAAAAAUAUGUCACAAAGAAUACAAUUUGGAUCCUUGUCACUACAUAACUGCUCCUGCAUUAAGUUGGGAUGCUAUGUUAACAUACACUGAAAUUGAACUGGAGCUUCUUACAGAUGUGGACAUGGUACACUUUUUUAAGAAAGGAGUAAGAGGAGUUGUCGCACAAUGUAGCAAACGAGAAGCGGUGGCAAAUAAUCAAUAUGUACCCAACUAUGAUCCACAACAACCCGGGUCUUACAUCAUGUAUCUAGAUGCCACAAAUUUAUAUGGUGCAGCCAUGUGUCAAUAUCUUCCAUAUGAAAAUUUUAAAUGGGUAACCGAUGUAGAAAACUUCGACUGUUUUUCGGUGGAGGAUGAUGCGAAUAAAGGGUAUGUGUUGGAAGUGGAUUUGGAAUAUCCAGCUCAUUUACAUUCUUUACAUAAUGAUUUGCCAUUCUGCCCCGAAAGCAUGGUACCUCCAGGAAGCAAAUGUCCUAAACUUAUCCCAAAUUUCAACAAUAAAACUAAAUACAUUAUCCAUUAUCGCAAUCCUAAACAGUGUCUUAGGUAUGGUCUGGUACUAAAAAGGAUUCAUCGUAUACUAGAGUUUUCGCAAUCACCAUGGUUAAAAAAAUAUAUUGAUCUAAACACAUCACUCAGAAACAAAGCCAAAAACGAGUUUGAAGGGGAUCUUUUUAAGCUUCUGGUUAAUGCAAUAUUCGGUAAAACUCUAGAGAACGUUGAAAAAAGAAGAGAUAUCCGCCUGUGCACCCGCUGGGAAACAAAAACAAAUUCAUUGGGAGCCAGGGCACUUAUCCCUAAACCAGAAUUCAAGUCUUGUUCCGUGUUUAAUGAGAAUUUGGUGGCAGUCCAUUUGGGUAAAACCAAAAUAGUUUAUGACAAGCCUCUCUAUGUUGGAUUUACAAUUUUAGAUUUAUCAAAAACAGUGAUAUAUGAUUUUUAUUAUGGAUAUAUCAAAAAGAAAUAUGGGGAAGCCGCAAACCUGUUAUACACAGACACAGACUCCCUGAUUAUGGAGAUAUACACCCCCAAUUUCUAUAAUGACAUGAAAAGAAAUUUAGAACAUUUCGACACCUCCAACUAUCCAACUGAUAAUGUUCACGGGAUACCGAAAACACCGUCAAUACUAGGAAAAAUGAAAGAUGAAUUUGCAUUAAAUGUUUCUAUGGUACAGGUGCUAAAUCUUAUUGCAUAG